AUGUCUCGCUACGCACAGCGACUCGCGCCUCCUCCCGCCGCUCCUCGUUAUCGUCAACCGCCGCGAAGCUACUACGACGAUGAACCGGUGCAGCGUGUGCGAGGGUACCGCGAGGAGCCGCAGCUCGACGAGGACGACGACGACGAGACUGCCGUCGCCACCGACCUCUCGAUCGCUCGGCAGCAGCAGGCCCGUCGAGCGGUCCAGUUUGGCGAGAACGAGGUCGAGGAGUUCAACGGCUCCGAGGCGCCCGACGCCGUCCUGCCCGCCCGCUCGACGUCGCGCAACGCCUUCUCGCCGCCUAUCCCGCCGACGCGCCUAGACGGCCGCCGCAGCGCUCAACUACCCGUCGCACCCGCUCCUGCGCCCGCUCGGGCCCCCCCUCCUCCUCGGGCGCCGAGCCGGCAGCGCUUCGUCGACGACGACGAGGGCUACGAGAUGCCGCCGCCGCCUGCGCCGAGCAGGAGCAGGUACGACGCGCCCGUGUCGUUCGCGAGGAGCACGGCGUACGACUACGAGCCGCCGCGGCACGAGCGCGAGCGCGCGUGGGACGACUACGGCGGCGGCGAGGCGGACGAGCCGGGCGCGCCUGGGUACGGCGACGACGACGACGACGCGUUCACGGCUGUCGCUACGGGCGUCGCGACCGACCUCGACAUGGAAGACUCGCCCGCGGCGUCGACUCGGCGCACCGACGACCCUCGCGCCCGUCUCGCCGCCGCCCAGCAGCAGCAGCAGGCGCAGCAGUUCCUCGCCAUCCCUCGUCCGCCAUCGCGAGGCGUCCAGGUCCGCCGGGCGUCGCCGGUGCAGCCGUCGUACCAGCAGGCGCAGGCGCCGCGGUACUCGCCGUCCGGGUUCGACGAGGACGACUUUUCGUCCGUCGCCGACGACGCGCCGCCGUUCUCGUUCCCGCCGCCGGGUCAGCCGAGGCAGCGUGCGCCGCAGCAGGUCUAUCAGCUGCCUCGGCAGCAGCAGCAGCAGCUGCCGCCGCCGCCGGUCGCACCCGUCCAGCGCACGUACCUCGGCGGCGGCGGCGGCGGCAUCGGCCGGCCCGUCUCGAGCGCCUCGAGCCGCAUGAGGGUCGACGACGACUACGACGAGCCGCCGCCGCCCGUCAACGCUCGUGCGCCGCCGCCGCCGCCGCCGAAAGCGGUCGCGUACGAGAGGCCGCAGGCGCUCACCCGGGAGCAAGAGCGCGAGGCCGGCGGCGAGGACAGCGUGCUCGAGCGGGAGCUCAUCGACCUACUCCGAGAGCUCAACUUCUCGCUCGCGCUCAAGGACUUUCACGACGCGCUGCGCAUCGGCGUCCAGAAGACGCUCGUGUCCGAGGACGGCAUGGGUCACGCGUACGUCAAGAUCCACGUCCAGCGUCUGCCCAAGCCGGCCGACCUCGAGCGCGAGAAGCACCUCAAGCCGCACUGGGUCCCGCUCGCCGGCUCGCGAUGGGAGUUCCGCACGGCGUCGCACAGCGUGACGGUCGUAUUCAAGACGGUGGCUCUGGCGGCGUACGAGGCGCAGUUCCUCACGUCGACGUCGAAAAGGUAG